ACGGGAGGGGGCGGGGCUGGGGCAAGGCGGCCUCUAGGACCCUACUGGGGCGCGGGAGCGCGCUCUUGGGUCUGGUCCGGCGGCAUCGGGCACGAGCAGGGGCCGGCGGGCGGUGGCAGUGGAGCCCGAAGAAGGAGGGCUUGGCUCUGGAACCAUGGCCCAAGUGGAGAAAAGGGGAGGUUUGCUUCGCAAGUCCUCAGCCUCCAAAAAACCACUGAAGGAGAAGGUGGUGCUGAUGUAUGAUGAAAUCUUCAUGACAGAGGACCCUAGUAAAUGCAGCCCUCGAUUCUGGGAAGAGCUCUUCCUCAUGAAGGUGAAUCUGGACUACCUUGAGGGCAAGUUGGAAUCUCUGGAUGGAGAAGAACUAAUGAAGAUCAAAGAUAACAUUAAUUGUUUGUUCCAACACUGUAUCCAGGCUUUGGGAGAGGAGCACCCAAUUCGAGUUGUCAAUGCAUUACAGACCCUGUGUGCACUUAUCCGAGGGGUCCAUCAGAAGAAUAAGUCCACUUCUGGGUUUGACAUUAUCAACAUGCUGAUGGGCUUUGACAAGGCAGAGCUCUGUAUGAAGAAUUUGAUGGAGAGUUUGGAUUCCUUGCUUUGUGCAGAAGGUUCUGAAAGUCUGAAGAGUUUAUGUUUGAAACUUCUUCUUUGUUUGGUGACUGUGACAGAUAACAUCAGUCAAAACACUAUCCUGGAAUAUGUAAUGAUCAAUAGCAUCUUUGAAGCUAUUUUACAGAUUCUCUCCCACCCUCCAAGUCGCAGAGAACAUGGGUACGAUGCUGUUGUCCUUCUGGCUUUGCUGGUGAACUAUAGGAAGUAUGAGUCCGUGAACCCUUAUAUUGUAAAGCUGUCUAUUGUGGAUGACGAAGCCACCCUCAAUGGGAUGGGGCUCGUGAUUGCUCAGGCUUUGUCCGAAUACAACAGGCAAUACAGAGAUAAGGAAGAAGAACACCAGAGUGGCUUUUUCUCAGCCCUAACUAACAUGGUGGGCAGCAUGUUCAUAGCAGAUGCCCAUGAGAACAUUUCUGUUCAAACGAAUGAGGCUAUUCUUCUGGCGCUUUAUGAAGCUGUUCACUUAAACCGGAAUUUCAUCACAGUAUUAGCACAGAGCCAUCCUGAAAUGGGCUUGGUGACCACGCCUGUCAGCCCUGUUCCAACGACCCCUGCCACGCCUCUAGGAACCACACCGCCUUCCUCUGAUGUUAUAAGUUCUGUGGAACUCCCACUGGACGCAGAUGUUCAGACCAGCAACCUACUGAUAACCUUCUUAAAGUACAGCUCCAUUGUCAUGCAGGACACUAAAGAUGAACAUCGCCUCCACAGUGGCAAACUCUGUCUGAUUAUCCUCACGUGCAUCGCUGAGGACCAGUAUGCUAAUGCAUUUUUACAUGACGACAACAUGAAUUUUCGAGUAAAUCUUCACAGAAUGCCUAUGAGACACAGGAAGAAAGCAGCAGACAAGAACCUUCCCUGCCGCCCUUUGGUGUGCGCAGUGCUGGAUCUCAUGGUGGAGUUUAUUGUAACACACAUGAUGAAGGAAUUUCCUAUGGAUCUUUAUGUGCGCUGCAUCCAAGUGGUACACAAACUACUUUGUUACCAGAAGAAGUGCCGAGUGCGGUUACAUUAUACCUGGAGAGAACUCUGGUCAGCUUUGAUCAACUUGCUGAAGUUCCUUAUGUCCAAUGAAACCGUGCUCUUGGCCAAACACAACAUUUUCACGUUGGCUCUUAUGGUUGUGAACUUAUUUAAUAUGUUUAUCACUUAUGGAGACACAUUCCUACCCACCCCCAGCAGCUAUGAUGAGCUGUACUACGAGAUUAUCCGGAUGCAUCAGAGCUUCGACAAUCUGUAUUCAAUGGUCCUGAGGAUUUCCACCAACACAGGCCAGUGGAAAGAAGCAGCCAGCAAGGUGACCCAUGCAUUAGUCAAUAUCAGAGCUAUCAUCAACCACUUUAACCCCAAGAUUGACUCCUAUGCUACAGUGAAUCACAUAUCCCAGCUGUCUGAGGAACAGGUUUUGGAGGUGGUUCGGGCCAACUAUGACACCCUAACCCUUAAGCUGCAGGAUGGACUAGAUCAGUAUGAGCGGUACUCAGAGCAGCACAAAGAAGCUGCCUUCUUCAAAGAGUUGGUCCGGUCCAUCAGCACCAAUGUUCGGAGGAACCUUGCAUUCCAUACCCUGAGCCAGGAGGUUCUGCUAAAGGAAUUCUCCACCAUCUCUUGAAACUGUGUCUAGGAAGCUAGUCAUUGAUUGUCCUUCCCCCUGGAAAACCCCUUGCUCUUUCCCUGAGGGUUCAGGGUUGAAAGAAAAAGACCGUCCCUUCUCCUACAAUUGAAGCUAGAGGGAGAAUUGGAACACCAGUCUUUCUUCCAGACCACCUAGAUGCCAGUGGAGCUUGAACAUGGGGUCAGGCAGGGUGAUAAUAUAAUUUGGUGGGAGGGAGGGAGGGACUCCAGGAAGAGGAAUGCUGCCAGGGUUGGGGUCUCAAAUAUGAUGGGAUGGUCUGGCUGAAACUUGGUGCUGAGGUAUACUGGGCGGUGGAGAUCAAUGGGCUCUGCUACAGCAUGGAGGGAACAUAGUCGAGGAACUGGCUUCCUCAUUCUGGAUUGAGGAGGGAAAGGACCUCCCCCAGCCUAAGGGUUUGGCAGCACCAUUUCCCCAUCCUGGGGAUUGGUCUUGGCGGAGGUGGGGCCUGGAGUCUGUCCUCUGAAUUCCUAGGCUAUGCCAUGAUUUGGGGGCUGGAACCCCCCCACCCCCACCAGCCAAGCUGUUGCCCAGCAGCAUAAUAAGGUCACUGCUUAGUUUAUUUUUUUUAACUGUUUUAAACUCUGUGUCUUUAGGUUGUGGAUGUGAAAUAAACAUUGAGAGGUUUUCUGAA